GGGGCUCAGCCCUGGGUAUCGGUAGCGGCUGGUGCUGAGGGCUGCUGCGGCUCUGGGGAGGUCGUUGCUGGUGUCUGGAUGGAGGCUCAGCUCCUCGUCGGGGCGCUGCUGUGCGCCUGGCUGCCGUCGGCUCUGUCCCCGUGGGGAGCCAGGGCGCAGCUCCCUCCCGACGGGCACCUGCCGCUCCUCAGCACAGGCAGCGCCGCAGGACCUCGGGGAGGGGAUGGCUUCAUCGCGGCCAUGCAGGAGCCUGGAAUGGCAGUUCAUAAUGCUUCAUCUACUACAUUAUCCUUGUCUCAGAAGAGAAGAUUUCACAGUAUGAAAUGUGGACCAUCUGGUUCAUUUACAUGUUUUAAUGGAGGUGAGUGUGUCUACAGAGAACUCUGCAACUGCAGUCGAUUUAAUGCAAGUGGACCAAGAUGUCAGACAGUUUAUAACACAGGUGCCGAAAGAGAUCAUAUAUGCAGAACAUGGGGUCAAUAUCAUUUUGAAACUUUUGAUGGACUGUAUUACUAUUUUUCUGGGAAAUCUACAUAUGCACUUGUGAGACAUACUGAAUUAGAUGAACAGAGUUUUUCUAUACAGGUGAAUAAUGAUCCUGAAUGUCAUUCUUCUCCUUAUUCUUGCAAGCGGUCCAUUAGUUUAUUCUUUUCUGGAGAUGAACAAAUAAAGAUGAGCAGUGAAGUGACCUAUAAAGGAUUUGGACUACGGUUACCUUACAUUAUUGGAAAUUUACACAUCCAGAAACUAGCUGGGUAUUUUCUAGUCAGGCACCAAUAUGCCUUUACUCUGGCUUGGGACGGUACAUCUGCAGUGUAUAUCAAAAUGGCACCAGAGUACCUGGGCAAAACACAUGGACUGUGUGGAAACAAUAAUGCUGUCCUGCAUGAUGAUCUUGAAACUAGUUAUGGAAAACUGACAGAUGAUGUAACAGAGUUUGUAGAGAGUUGGCAGGAAAAUCCUCCACAAGGAACACCCAGUUGGGAUAACUCUUUUCUCAGUGAACCACCCUGCCUGACACAAAGCCAUGAAUCUUUACAGAGGGCAUACACUCUGUGUAAUAUUCUGUUACAUCCUCCAUUUGAACAAUGUCAUGAAUAUGUGAGUCCUCUUCCAUUUAUGGCAAGCUGCACCAGUGAUCUUUGCAUGUCAGCAGUUGAUAAUGCAACUUGGUGUCGAGCAUUAACUGAAUAUGCCAGAGCAUGUGCCCAAGCAGGAAAGCCACUGCAGGGAUGGCGAAAGCACUUUCAGCAGUGUGUGAUUACCUGUCUUGAACCCUUGACUUAUAAUGAAUGCAUCAGCUGUUGCCCUGUUUCAUGUCAUCAACAAUCACAAUGUGUUGGCAGUGAGCUUCCCUGCAUUGAUGGAUGCUAUUGUCCGGAUGGCUUAAUUUAUGAAAAUGAAUUGUGUGUCAAGCCUAUGGACUGUCCUUGUGACUACCAUGGAAGUUUUUUUGCCAUAGGCUCUGUGGUUUAUGAGGAAUGUAAUAACUGCACUUGCAUUGGAGGAAAGUGGAUUUGUACAAAUCUUACGUGUCCAGCUGAAUGUUCAGUUUCAGGAGACAUUCAUUUCAUGACCUUUGAUGGGCGCAAAUACACUUUCCAAGCUACCUGCCAAUAUAUUCUAGCAAAAAGCCGUACAUCUGGAGAGUUUACCAUAUCCUUGCAAAAUACUCCUUGUGGACAGAACCAGGAUGGAUCAUGUAUCCAAUCAAUCAGCAUUAUUCUUAAACAGGACCCCAAGAGGCAAGUUACUCUGACUCAUUCAGGAGAUGUUUUGGUUUAUGACCAGUACAAAAUUAACCUGCCUUAUGCAGAUGAUUUAUUUGAAAUACGGAAACUCUCCUCUAUAUUUCUUCAAGUAAAGACAAACAUUGGAUUACAGAUACUGUAUGACAGAGAAGGACUAAGGCUUUAUCUUCAAGCUGAUGGACGGUGGAAGGAUGAUACUGUUGGCCUUUGUGGAACCUUCAAUGGAAAUACGGAGGAUGACUUUUUAUCUCCAGUUGGAGUAACUGAAAGCACUCCGCAGCUGUUUGGAAAUGCAUGGAAAACUUCAUCAGCAUGCACGCUAGUGCACGAUAGCUCACAAAUGGAUCCAUGUGAUAUUCAUCUACAGGCAGCUUCUUAUGCAGCGGAGGCUUGUAGCAUCCUUACGAAAGAACUUUUUGCUCCAUGCUACCCCUAUUUGAGUCCCAUUCCCUAUUUUGAGCAGUGCAGAAGAGACACAUGCAAAUGUGGACAGAAUUGUUUUUGCUCUGCUCUGGCCCAUUAUGCUCAUCAUUGCCAAAGAUUUGGAGUUAUAAUAGAUUUCAGAAGAGGUGUCCCAGACUGUGCUCUUUCAUGUGAAGAUACAAAGGAGUACAGUACUUGUGUAUCUACCUGUGGCAGAACCUGCCAAGCACUGUCUGUGCCAGAGACAUGCAGCAGUGAUUGUGUUGAAGGCUGUGCUUGUCCCUCUGGAAUGUACUUGAAUUCCAAGACUGAAAGAUGUGUAGAGAGAAAUGAAUGUCCUUGUUAUUUUCAAGGAAUUGACUAUCCCCCUGGAGAUAAUGUUAUCACAUCUUUGGGCAAAUGCCAUUGCAGGGAUGGAGUAAUGAAUUGUGAUAACAACAUAAUUGCACACAGCUGCCCAGUUGGACAGAUUUAUAUUAACUGUAGUAAUCCACAAGUUGAUGCUGAACUCAGCAGAGAGAGAACUUGUGAGAAUCAGCUGCUAAACCUCACUUUCUCAGCACACCUUCCAUGUGUUUCAGGUUGUGUAUGCCCACCAGGUCUUGUUAAGCAUGGGGAUGUGUGCUUGGAAGCAGAUGAAUGUCCAUGUUCAUGGAAAGGAAAGGAAUACUUUCCAGGUGACAAAGUGAUUUCUUCGUGUCAUACAUGCAUUUGCCAGCAUGGAUCAUUCCAAUGCACCUUCCAUCCUUGCCCUUCCAUGUGUACUGCAUAUGGUGAUCGACAUUACAGAACAUUUGAUGGACUUACAUUUGACUUUGUUGGAGCUUGUAAGGUUUAUCUAGUAAAGGGUACUUCUUCAACCAGUUUCUCAGUUAUUAUAGAGAAUAUUAACUGCUUUAAUACUGGAAUUAUUUGCAGAAAACAUAUUUUCAUUAAUGUUGGAAAAUCUUCUCUAAUAUUUGAUGAUGAAACCGGGAAUCCAAGCUCAUCUAGUUACAUGGACAAAUUACAAAAAAUACAGUUAUGGAAAGCUGGGUUUUUCACUGUUGUUCAUUUUCCUGAUGAGCACAUCACUGUUCUUUGGGAUCAGAGAACAACAGUUCAUGUACAGAUGGGUCAUCAGUGGCAGGGUGAGUUGACUGGAUUAUGUGGAAAUUUUGAUUUGAAAACAAUAAAUGAAUUGAGGACUCCAGAUAAUUUUGAACUAACAAACUCGCAAGAAUUUGGAAACAGUUGGACAGCUGUAGAGUGUGUUGACAGCUCUGACAUUCGAAAUCCAUGCAGUUUGAAUCCACUUAGAGAGCCUUUUGCCAAGAAGGAAUGUGGAAUCCUGUUAAGUGAAGCAUUUGAAGCUUGCCAUCCAGUGAUUGAUGUCACCUGGUUUUACUCAAACUGCUUGACAGAUACAUGCGGUUGUAACCAAGGAGGUGACUGUGAGUGUUUCUGUACAAGUGUGUCAGCAUAUGCCCAUCAGUGCUGCCAGCAUGGAGUUUCUGUAGACUGGAGAUCCCCUAGAGUGUGUCCUUAUGAUUGUGAAUAUUUCAACAAAGCUCUGGGAAAGGGCCCAUACAAACUGGUCAGCUACUUGGAUGGGGAAUUUGUACUGGCAGUGAAACUGGUGGAUGGUUUUGUUUUCCCUGUGAGACAAGAAGAUGGACACGCAGUGAGCUUUAUGCUUACUUCAGGACUUUAUAAACCCAAAUCACAUGAUUCCAACUUGGUUUCAUUUGAAACAGCUGAGAGACCUAAUUAUUUUCUUCAGUUGUCCUCCAACAAUACCCUUGUUCUUUCUAAAUGGGAAAAAAAUGAAGAGUUUCACAACAAAUCGACAUUUGUUAUACACAAGAAUACAUGGCUUUCUGGUUACAGUUCCUUUGAAUCAUUUGCAAAACCAGGAUACUUCAUCCACAUUUCUGCAUCUUCAGUUGAGCUUCUGAAGUACCAUCAUUCAGAGGAAUUCAGACUAUCAAUCCUUUUUAAACUAGUAGAUGCCAAAUACAAACUUAUAUCACGUUCUGCAUGUGAAUGGCAUUAUGAUGCCUGUGCAAGUCCUUGUUUCAAAACAUGCAGGGAUCCUUUGGGACAAAACUGUCAGGCAGUACCAAAAGUGGAAGGAUGCAUCCCUGUGUGUCCUCUCAAUAUGUUGCUGGAUGAAAUCACUCAAAGAUGCGUGUAUUUUGAAGACUGCAUUGAACCUGCAGAUGAUAGUCCACCUUUACCAACCAUCUUUGAAACACCAGCAGUUUCACACGUAACAUCAAGUACAACUUCGGCAGUGAUCAGUGAAGUGGUAACUUCAUUUCCUGUACCUGAAGCAAAGGACAUAGAAACAACACUUGCUUCAAAAUUGAAAUUCACUGCAACUACAGGGAAAACUAAAUUUUCAGCUGUAACAACUAAUACAACGCUUCCAGACAUAACUUUAUCAUCAUAUAUUUCUUCACAGUCAGCAGAAAUGACAUCAUUUGGGAGAACUACAGGAAUGUCUGUGACAGCAAAAUCUAAUGUAAGCUUGUCUUCUCUUGUUGCCACUUCAGAAACCUCCACAAAGACACAACUGAUCAGCAGUGGUUCCACGAAGCUAUUGAGGACUACAGAACCUUACACAGUAACUGCUACACGUGCAGUGACUAAAAGCACAGGAUCAGAAGGCAAACCAAUUUCUACUUUUACUGGGACACCAACAACACUUAGAACAACAGAAUUGCCGGUCAAAACUAAAAUAAUGGAAAUAUCAGAAAUAGCCAUGAAGACACUUCCCACAAAAGAAGCACAAGUAAAAACAGAAGGGCUGACAACAUUUAUACCCCCUUCAUUUGACUCAAGAACAGAAAAAACUACUGCACAUCAGCCCCGAUAUUCCACAUUACCUCUUCUGGUUUUGCCUUCCUAUAUAUCAUCAGUGAACCUAACAGGAACUUCAGAAAGGACAGAAGUAAGCAUAGGACAGUCUUCUACCACAGUAGGUAAAGUUACAGUAACAUCAUUUUCUCCUGUAAUCACUACUCUGUCUUUGCUAAAACCAGCAUCUUCAGAAACAACCAAAACAGCAAAUGCUUCAACAGAACAAAGUGGAAAGACUGUAUUUUUGCCAACAUCCACACUGCCUGUUUCAUUAGGAGAGGCAAUUACAAAACCUCCUAUUGAAAUGGUUCAUCACCUGACAGAUACUGCAGGGGUACCUUUCACUACAACCUUAGGUCCAAAGAAAACAACUCUGCAAACUCCAGAGAAAUCAUUAGAAACAACUGUUUUACCAUUUACAACUCAUGGAAAGGAAACUCUCAAAACAGCAUCUCGUGUGAAGCAUAUAUCUAGUUCCUAUUUGCCUCCAUAUUCACUGCGUCCUAGUUCUAAAACUGAAAAAUCCACCACUCUUUCUCCAAAAGGACCUUCAGUGUCUGUUCCUACUCCUGCUUCUCCAGCUUUAGGUGAAUUAAAAAAAACAUUUAAAACUGUGUCAACAACAGGGUAUCCCUCACACAUAGUUCUAAACAUAACAGAGCUCUUGACUACACUGUACACUAAAUAUCCUGCUUUGCCUGAGACUACCAGAGUGACACCAUUGUCUAUUGAGGUAACAUCCAAAAUAACAUCGCCUUUUGAAUUAGUAGCAAAAUCAACUUUGUUUUCUGGAAAAACAUUUACUGAAUACACAUCACCUUUGGCUUUAAGUACAGUGAAGACAAGCACUUCAUCAUAUUCAGGUAAUGUUACCACAUCAGCAAAGAAAACCUUUAUCUCAUCAAAAGAAACCACUACGGUUGCUUUCAUAGCUACAAAAAGAGAGUCAGAUGAAACAACGUCCUUCACUGGAUCUCCACGUACUCCCCUUAGAGCAACUGAAACCACAUUGUUAACCACACAGCCUGAAGAAUCAGAAGUGGAAAGAAUUUCUAGCAUCUCCCCUAGAAAACCAUCUGCUUUCCCUUCUUCACCACCAAGCUCUCUAAUCUCUUUAAAUCUUUCUCUUCCUUCACUACCCACAUACGGAAAAGAAGCAUCACUGACAGCUCUCAGUCCAAUACGUACAACAUCCCAUGAACCCAUCUCUUCAUAUCCAAGAACAACUAUAACAAAAUCUAAGUUAGGAACAGAAAAGACUUCCUCACUCCUGACUUUCUCUACUUUAUCCACUAUAGCAGAGCAUUCAAGUCCAAUAACAACAGUACCAUAUGACAAAUUGCCAGGCAGAGCCAUUUUAAAUACCACUUAUGCUAUAUUCUCUCCAUCCUCUGAAUUCAGCACUCAGCAUAUAACAACCAAAGCAAUAACAGACAAAGAAAAAUCAACUCUAUCCACUUCUGCUGUACUUCCAUUAACAAAGUCUCACACUUUCUCCACCUCUCAGUAUCUAGCAGAUAAAUCAGUUUCUUCACCUUCUUUAACACAAGUAAUUCUGGAAGUAACAACCCCACCAAAAUACCCUGUAGAAACUAAAGUAAUUUCUACGGCAUUGAAGUCUACAGUCAAAAGUAUAAUAGAUACAGUAAAAUCUACUGCUUCUACAGCUCAGAAAUCCUUUACUCCAUCUUCAGUGGGCUCCUUCCCUCAACAAACAUCUUCAGAAGAUAAACUUCCAGCACAGACUACUAAGGCUGUGGCUAUACUGCAUUUUUUGACUGAAACAGAUACAAAACUUGCUCAUCAGACUUCUAAGCCUUCCUUGACAGGCCUAAGCAGUACUCCAAUUUACCAUCAUCCUGCAGAAACUCUAGCAAAAUCCACUGAUCAGCCACAAAUUCUAUUAAGCACAACUGAAGCUAUGGUAGAAUUGACUUCCUCACCCCCCUUAACCACCUUCCUACCUAAAGGCAUUCAUUCAAGUGUGUUAUCUACCUCAUUAGGUCCUACACAAGUUAUUUUACAAACUGAAAAAGAGUUACAUUUAACUGAUUCAGUUACACAGCUGUAUAUGCCAAAAACUUCUGUUUUACAGUCUACAGGCCCAGAUAGAAAAACAGCUGACUUGACUUUUGGUACUAGAAUUCUCCCUUCUUCACCAGAAGUGCUUGCAACUUCCUCUUCAACCAUUAAAAAAGAUGCCUUUCCUUCAUUUUCUACACAGAAGGCAGAUACUGGUGUAAAAUUCACGUGGCAGUCCUCAGUUACUGAAUCACUUCUUUCAAGUCAAACGCCUGAAACAACAACAGUUUCACCAGAAAUUCUGACCUCUUCACUUUUGUUACCAGAAACAACAGAAAUUCCCAUCGUGAUGGGCAGUGAGUCAUCCGUAGGUGCCUUUUUCACCCCUGUGAUUUCAACAGCAUCCACAUCAAUGGGUAAAAGUGCUACAGAGAAAACUGCAGUGUUACCAAAGCAAGUCACACAUUCAACCACUGCCUACAGUUCCACUUCUCUAGGAAGUACAGAGUUUUCAGCUGCAGUCCAUACAUCAGCUGCAGCUUCAGCCUCUUCAGUGAUGAGCAGUACAGAGCAAAACAUCACUAUUAUAUCAGCAACCUCAGACAAAGCAAAAGCUGUAACAGAAUCUAUCACAACCUCUGUGAAGCCAUCCUAUUUUUCUGUUACUUCAAAAGCAAAAGAGCCUAUGUCCCCUGCUACAGAAAAAUCUGGAGAGCUGGAAUUAAUGACAGAAAUGCAACCUGUCCAUACUCAAGGUGUUACCAUUACCUCAGAAAUACCUCGGACGUUUUAUUCUCCAUAUUUCACAAACAUAACUGCAGCUCCUUCUAAUGUAAGUGUGUCAGGACUGUUCACCAUACAUUCAUCCUCUGAACCGAAACCUUCUUCUAUACCUGCAUCAUUGGCCAGUACUACACAAACUUCAAAACUUGGAAUAACAUCUGAGAUACAAACACCUUCUGUGAGUUCACUAUUAAUGAUACCUGACCAUUCAAAUGUCACAACAGCUCCAUCAGUUUCCUCAUUUGCCUAUUUAUCUACCAAACCACUUUAUGGUUUGACUACAACAUUUUCUGAUGGAUUGUCAACAGCUGAAGCCAUGUUAGGAGUCACAACAUCAACUUCUGUUCUGCCUAGAGAAACAGCAACUCUCCAGACUUGUACACCAAUCACAGAGAAUGAGUGCAUAAAAUACAUUUGCUUGGAUGGACAACUGAUCCAAGUCAAUAAGUCGCAGAACUGCCCAUACAAUGCAACUCAACCCAGCUGUGGAGUUUUAGGAUUUGCUACUCAAAUGAAUGGGGACAAAUGCUGUCCAAAGUGGGAAUGUGCAUGUCGUUGCACAAUUUUCUCUGAUCUGAGCAUUGUAACCUAUGAUGGAAAUCAUCUGGCUUUAUUCAAAGAAGCAUCCUACAUUGUUAGUCAAACUCAAGAUGAAACUAUAAGCAUCCAUGUCCUUGACUGUAGAAUGAACAAUUCAAAUUCAACUUCCCUGUGCCUUGCAAUGUUGAACUUAACCUAUGUAUCAAACCAAAUUAUUAUCAAUCGUUUAAGUAGAAAAAUAACAGUAAAUUCAAGAUUUGCUUGGCCUACUGUUAGAAAAUAUGGAUACAAGGUAGAGGAUUCAGGCUUCAAGUAUGCAGUUGAGACCCCAACAAAAAUCAGAAUUCAGUGGUUUCACAACACAGGUGUGAUGAUCAUAGAGUUCAAUACUACCAGAGAACCGAAAGCUUUGGGACUAUGUGGUCUUUGUGAUAGAAGCUUGGAAAAUGACCUGAUGCUACCCAACAGGACAGUGUUAAGCAAAAGUGAUGCUCCAUCGACUUUUAUAGACAGCUGGCAAGUGCCAGACACAUUAAAGUAUGUUGGAGAAGACAGGCACCAGGAAACUAAUUGCUCAGUCAUGGACUGCUCAGAGUGCUUAAGACUGAUUUCGAACCAGACCUUCAGCAGCUGUCACCCUUAUGUUCCACCUGAGCUAUUCUGUGAUAUAUGGGUUCAAGACACCAAGUACAUUCAAAAUCCAUGCAUCUCACUAGCUGCUUAUGUGGCAAUGUGCAACAAAUUUAAUAUUUGUAUAGAAUGGAGGAGCUCUGAUUACUGCCCCUUCCCCUGCUCUGAAAACUUCUCCUACCAGGCUUGUAUAGCUGCCUGUGAGGUUCCAGAUAGUUGUCAGAAUAAUGAGGUUGCUUCUCUGGACUCAGACACCUGUUCGGUGUUGACAGAAGGCUGUGUCUGUGCUGGAGGGACCAUCCUGCACCGAGCUCACACUGCUCUCUGUAUUCCUGAAGAAAAAUGUGCUUGUACAGAUAGCUCAGGAGCACCUCAUGCUGUGGGUGAGAUCUGGAAAACUUCUUUGAGUGGCUGCUGUAUGGAAAAAUGUGUUGACAGUGAGACUAUUAUUCCAAUGGAGUACAACUGUUCAGAUAUCCACAAUUUAGACUGUCAGCGAUUUGCAGAAGUGGCCUUGCUUGUUCCUGGUGAUCAUACAUGUUGUCCUCAGAAGAUCUGUAUUUGUAAUCAGAGCCUUUGUGAAUCCCUAAUCCCAGAAUGUAAUGGCUUGGAAAAGCUGGUCACUUACUACAGUGAAGAAUCCUGUUGUCCCAACUAUGUUUGCGAAUGUGAUCCAGCAAAAUGCGAACCAAUGGAGCAGAUGCCAAGCUGUCAAGAGGAUCAAACACUAAUUGCUGCUCGUGUAGAGAGUACCUGCUGCAUAUCCUAUAUAUGUGCAUGCGGGGCUUGCUCUGAUCAAAUACCCAAAUGUCAAGAAGGAGAAGUUCUUAUUGUGGAUGACAACACCACAGAGAGAUGUUGCCCUACAUACCAGUGUAUUUGUGAAAUACAUCGUUGUCCUGAAUUCAAGUGUAUGCUAGGCAUGUCUUUGGUGGAGGUAUGGAGCCCAGAGAAGUGCUGCCCAUUUCGGACAUGUGAAUGUGCAUGUGAAACGAUCCCUAAGCCUCAGUGUACACUGGGGCAGAAACUUCAGAUAGACGAACAGUUUCAGAACAGUACAGAAAAUAUCUGUAACUGUGUUAAAUACAAAUGUGUGAGAGACAAAGUUUGCCUGAGUAAUGAGAGAGGUGUGCUGCUACCUGGACAGAAAAUUGUGGAACACAGUCCAGAUGGCAUUUGCCAUAUUUCUACUUGUACAAAUGUGAUUGAUCCUUCUACUAAAUACUACCAAAUAAACACAUCAUCAGUAGCCUGUGCUGUCAAGUGCAAAGCUAACCAAGUCUAUCAACCUCCAAAAGAUUUAGCAACUUGCUGUGGUAGCUGUAAGAACAUGUCAUGUCUUCACACUUUCAACAAUGGAACAGUUGCCAAUUUUAAGCCUGGUACUAUCUGGAUUUCAAACUGCAUCAGAUAUGAAUGCAUUAACACAGCAAUAGAACCAGUUCUAGUUGCAUCUUCAAUUGGCUGCCCACCCUUUAACGAAACAGAAUGUGUGAAGGUUGGAGGCUAUGUUGUACCAUUCCUGGAAGGAUGCUGCAAAACAUGCAAGGAAGAUGGAAAAUUCUGUAAAAAGGUGACUGUUCGGAUGACUAUUCGCAAGAAUGACUGCAGGAGUAACACGCCAGUAAACAUUGUUUCUUGUGAUGGAAAGUGCCCAUCUGCAAGCAUUUAUAACUACAACAUCAACACAUACGCAAGAUUCUGCAAAUGCUGCAGGGAGCUUGGACUACAGAGACGAACUGUGCAAUUGUAUUGCACCAGUAAUUCAACCUGGGUCAGCUAUACAAUCCAAGAGCCUACAGACUGUUCUUGCCAGUGGUCUUAAGAAUAAACAAAUACAAGGAAAGAAAACAGCAAGCCCAGCUGUUCCCAGCAUAAGAUAAUUUGUAUACUUUAUCUAUAAAAAAUAAAACAUCCAACCCACCGAAUUUUAAUAGCUUAAUGUUAAAAGAUAAAGGAACAAAAAUAUUUUUGGACUCUUCUAAAUUCCUAAAGAAUGGCUUUGCAUUGUUUUUAUUGUGGUUUGUCUUCCUGUUUCUUUCACAGGGAUUGUUUUAAGACUUUUUGUGAUGUGUGCCAGCUUAAAAUGUGAUUUAUGUUUGACACACCACAAGAGAAAGCACACCAUCCCAUUGUUCUCUGUCUUUGUCAUGCACCCAUUCCUGCUAUCUGGCAGCAAUCUAUUAUUUUGAACGUAUUGUAAUUGUGCAAAUACAUUCAGUGUCUAUUAAGAAAAAAUGUUUGGACAAUAUGAGAAUUUUCAGUUUAAAUCAUCUUCCUAUAGCAAAGCUGAAUAUGAAUGGGAAAUUAAGUUACAGUUUUUUUUAUUUUAUUUUAUAUUAUUUUUUUUAAUCAGGGAAACAUUAUCAAUACUAAUGGCUGUAUGUAAUAUUCCCUGGUAAUAAUUUCAGCUUUUGUAGUGUAUUUUAUAUUGUAUUGAAAAGCAUUAUGGCCAACAUGCGAUGUGUGGGACAGAUGGACUGCUUUAGGUUAGUCAUUAGUAGUAACUUUUUCUUUUUGCUAAACGGUAUGUAAUGAACUGACAAUACAGUGAUUUAACAAACGAAAACCACUUUACACUCCUUUAUAUAGUUAAUAUUUUAAAUGAACACAGUUAUCUUAUGAAAUGCACCAUAUUUAAACUGUUUCUUUAGCAGAAUGAACCUUGUUUUACACUGAUACUAAAGAUGUGAAAAUUCAUUAGGAAAAAAACAAAACCAGGUUUAUGAAUCUGUCUAAAGAAAAAUGUAAGUUGAAAAUCUUUGUCAUCCAUAUAAGAGAAUGCAACUUCUUGUGUCAAGUGUUUGAUAUUGACAAUGUACAAUUGUAAGGUUUGGAAUUUCAAAAGCAAUUUUGUUUAUGAACUUAAUUAACAUUUUGUUGUAAUGAACUAAUACUUUUUCUCCUCUAAAUUAAUGUUGCUGUCCUUUUCUUUCCUCACUAAUGCCAAGAUGCAGCGAAAAUUCAGUUGCUUUAAUUUUGUAGAUCAAAACUGAAGAUAGCAGUGAUAUAUGCUUAAGGCCCUAAAAUAUAAAAAUAAUUCCUGGCGUAACUUGUUUGAAAGUUGUUUGUGUGCAGUUAAUCCAAAGAAAAAUGUGUUGUUAAAAUCAGCCAUGAACAGUUUUGAUACUAAUUUUGUAUACUGUACAUUGCAUUCCUACAAUAUCUAAUAAACACCAGGGAGUCUUAUUUUGUUACAA